CUCAAAUAGCUGCUUCUUUCAAACUCAAACUCAAACUUAUAGAUCUCUGAGAAGCUGGGAUGCAUGUCAUGCUGUUACUGUGAAAUAUAGACAAACAAGAUUUCACACUGCAAAUGAAGGGUGGAAACAUCAAAAUGAGGCAAAGUUCUGCAUUUUUCUUCAUUUUGAACUGUUGUGUCAUCAUAACCCUGACUGAUGGGUUUUCUUUGAGUAACUGCACGAUUUAUUUCCCCUUCGAAUACUCCGGCCAUCUGAAGAUACUGUGCAACAGGAUGAGCUACAGGAAGAUACCUUCUCCGUUACCACACAACACUGUCAAUUUGGAUAUUUCCUACAAUGCCAUCCAUCAGAUCGAUGAAAGGGAUUUCAUCCGACUUUCAAAUCUGAUCAUUUUAAACAUAUCUCACAACAGGAUAUCUGAAAUACACAGCAAUGCACUGAGUGACCUAACAAACCUGGAAGAACUCAACCUGUCCAACAAUAAAAUCAAAACCGUGACCACAAAGCUGCUCAACGGUCUUGCAAACCUGUCCCAUUUAAGACUUGACUCGAAUUACCUAGAGACGAUUGAAAACCAGUCAUUUGCAACACUUUCGAAUCUGAGACUCGUAAACCUCACCGAUAACAAGUUAAAGCACAUUUCCAAACUCCAUCCUGUUCUACAAGUACCGCAUUUGGAAGAACUUUACUUGGGAAAGAACGGCUUCAGAGUUUUCAACUCAAGCGACAUCUCAUCGGCAUUCUUUGGUUUGAAAAAGUUGGAUCUGUCGAUGAAUCCCUUGACAGCGUUCAGGAUGACGGAAAACAUCUUUCCUGAUCUUGAGUACUUGGACUUGUCAAGUUGUUUCCAGACUUAUACUUCCAAUUGGUUUAUUCUAGACAAGGCGUUCUUGAACACAGUCAAGACUCUCAACCUCAGUAGGAAUCACAUUGAAGUGAACCAACUGGAUUAUAUAAUGCAGAGUUUCGCUUCUGUGACCUGGAUGGCACUGGAUGGUCUGAAGGGGUUCAAGGUGGAGACGCUUUUACAGAAGGCAUGUUCUCCCAGUCUGAGGGGUCUCCACUUGGAGGACAACCGACUUUUUGUACUUAACGAUCGCAUGUUUAGACCGUGUGCACUUUUGAAUGAGCUGCACCUAAGAAACAACAAAGUAUCGAGAAUCUAUAAGUCGUCAUUCGAUCAUCUAGUCAACUUGACAGAGUUACGAAUACAAAAGAACGAUCUGACACAACUGAACGGCACUCUUCAGGUUCUCCCCAACUUACAGGUCCUCGACCUUCAUCUCAACAGAAUUAAAAAUCUCGGCUGCUCUGAUUUUGCGAAUCUGAUGCAGUUACGACAACUCUAUUUGCACAGGAACCAAAUUGUGACAAUCAAGGCAUGUGUCUUUAAGGAUUUAGGAAAUCUGGAAGAGCUCAUUUUGAGCAGCAAUCGUGUGUUAACGGUGAGUGGCACCUUUACACACGGCCCCCAAAACUUACAAUGCCUGGAUUUGAAUAACAAUAAGUUGGGUGCCAUCCAAACUGACUCUUUUAAAGCUUUACACUCCCUUCGGACCUUGCGUCUCGCAGAUAACCAAAUAUUAAAUAUCUAUCCAUAUGCUUUUGCAGGACUGAUAAAUUUAACAGACUUGCAUCUUGCAUCUAACAAAAUCACAGAAAAAAGUCUAAGAAACCAUACUGUGUUCGCCGGUACGCCUAACAUACGAAGUUUAGACGUGAGUUGCAAUUACAUCUCAUACGAGAGUCAAGAGGAGCUACAAAGUCCACCGUUCAUCUUUUUAAGUGAACUGAGAGUUUUGAAGAUUAAUAGUCAACGUCGAGGCUUAAGCCACAUCCCCUCGAACUUUCUGAAAGGUCUCACAAACUUGCAAGACUUUUAUGCUGGGAAUCUUAAUAUAGAGAAUUUACACGUGGACACAUUUAGUUCCACUCCCAAGCUUACUUACUUGGAUUUGUCAAGUAAUAAUUUCGCGAACGGGAAUGCCUUGACACCCAAGGUUUUCCAGCCAAUAUCAGGCCUAAAUAAGAUUACGCUGGGUAGGACUCACCUUAAGUCCUUGGACUUCUUAGUCGACGCAAAUCUCUCCAGUCUGACGAUCCUACGAGCAAGUACGAAUGAACUUCAACUUAUAAACCAAACAAUCAUCGAAUGGCUUCCUCAACUCAAAGUGCUUGACCUGCAAAACAACAGCUUCACGUGCGACUGUAGUAAUACUUGGUUCAUCGACUGGGCCGUCAAGAACAAUAAAACACAGGUGCUCUACCUGAACAGGUACGAAUGUCGAUAUCCCCUUUCUUUAAGUGGAAAGAGUCUAGCGGCCUUCAACACUGAAUCCUGCAAUGUGAAUUACGACUUCAUCUGCUUUAUCUACAGCUCUUCCAUGGUCAUUCUCACUCUACUCAUUUCAUUUUUCUACCACUUUCUUAAAUGGCAGCUGGUCUACGCAUACUACCUCUUCUUAGCCUUUCUCAAUGACAAAAAGAGGAAGCAAACCUCAAAUCAUCUGGAAUACGACGCCUUCAUUUCCUACAAUGUUCAAGAGGAGCCAUGGGUCCUGGAAGAACUUGUGCCCAAACUUGAGGGUCAACACGGCUUGAGAUUGUGCCUUCAUCACAGAGACUUCCAGCCAGGAAAGGCCAUUAUCGACAACAUCGUGGACGCAAUAUACAACAGCCGCAAAACCGUCUGCCUGAUCACGCACAACUACCUAAAGAGCGUUUGGUGUUCGCAUGAGAUCCAGGUGGCCAGCUUCAGACUUUUUGAUGAACAGAAAGACGUUUUGGUUCUAGUUUUCCUCGAGGAUAUUCCCUUGCACCAGCUUUCGCCGUAUUACCGAAUGCGGAAGCUGGUGAAGAAACAGACGUAUCUACAGCGCCCCAAACCUGGAGAAGAAACUCAAGCAUUCUGGCAGAAACUUAAAAUGGCCAUCGAGACUAAAGAGAACAUGGAAGACAGACAGAUUCUUUCUGGAAAAUAUGUUUAAAGGCUGGUCUUCAAAUAUUUUGCGACUUUUUAGUCAACUGAGGACACUAGCUCCCAUUCUAACUAUUCUCUCCAAUCUCAUGCAGGUCUGUUGAACAAUUAAAUACUGUAAGUGUAAAAUUUGUGGUUGCACAAUAUAUCAGAACCGUUAUUGUGAUACGGCUCAGUGCAAUGGUCAAAUUGCAAAGACUGUGAUUUAUUUAAAUAAAUAUAUGCACUUCCGGAUUUAGAGUGAAGAUUGUGCUCAUGAUACAGUGUUUCAGCUUCAAAGGUGCUUCAAAAGGUUCUUCAAGUGAUGCCAUAGAAGAACCUAUUUUGGUUCCACAAAGAAACAUUCAGUCAAAGGUUCUUUAAAGAACCAUCUCUUUCUUAUCUUUUUAUAAUCUGA